UGUUAAACGUCUGUUAUGAACAUAAUUAUAAAAACGCAAAACAAUGGCUGAACAUAGACACACUUGGAGAAUAGUUAUCAGAAAUUUUAUAAAUUCCCUUAAACCAAGGCAAAUCCAAGAAAAGAAUAUAGGGAAGGAUUAUAUUGGAAAUGUAUAUUAUGAAAUCCCUGCAGAUCCAAGUAAAGGAAAGAGGAAGCCUUCACGUCACCCACCGAAGGGCUUAGAUUUUCAAGACCCAUUACCUGCGGAGUGGGAAGCAUGGAUAAGAAUGAGAAGAAUGGAGCCACCUACAGAAGAAGAAAUAGCCAAGAAUCUUGCCAUUACAGAAAUGAAGAAGAUAAACGCUGCAAAGAUUGAAAAACAAAGGUUGCUAAAUGGCGGUUCUCUACCAGAACCAGUAGAAAAAGGUCAUGAGUCAUUUCCAUCUUAUUCAGAAUAUACUCCAGGGGAUCCAACUAACAAAUAUAGAAAUUGAGCCAUGAACAUAAAAUGUA